AUGGAUUCUGACAUGGACUAUGAGAGGCCUAAUGUCGAGACUAUCAAGUGCGUGGUGGUUGGGGACAACGCAGUUGGAAAGAACCGGCUCAUCUGUGCCCAGGCCUGUAACGCCACUCUCACACAGUACCAGUUGCUGGCCACACAUUGUGUGCCCAUUGUUUGGGUCAUAGAUCAGUACAGAGGCUGCCAGGAGGUUUUAGAAAGGUCCAGAAAUUUGGUGGAUGAUGUCAGUGUGUCCUUGCGUCUCUGGGACACCUUUGGCGACCAUCACAAGGACCGUCGGUUUGCGUAUGGCAGGUGA